CUACGGCUCACAGCAAUGCCCAAAAAGGGUGAAGAAAAUACAAAUAGUUAAUUCACAAACGAACGGUUUCACGUCUGUUUGUCAGCUGGUGAGUAUGAAUUUGAAUCAUUCAUAUCGCUGAAGAUCCAUUAUGGUGGUCUUGUUAUCACCAUAUGAAUGAUCUUGCUAAACUAACUGAUGGUCUUGAAAACCAACUAGGCGCAAUUAUAAUUAACUUUAGCCAGCCAUGUGUCUAUCACCAACAUCACUAGCUAGAUUUCGUUCCAAACUGUACAUAGAAUAACAUAUCACUGAAAACAAUGAGGCUAUUAUUGCCUGAAAAUAAUGCAAUUCCAUUUGAUCAAUCUUCUGAUUCUUCUGCCAUGUAUGUGUUUCCAAAAGUUAACAAAUGGGUUCAUAGAUGGACCACCUAUUUCUAGUGAAAGCUCUUGCCAUUCAGUGACGAGUGACACUGGCUGUUCUGUGCCUUCACCUUGCUUGCAAUCAUUGUUCAUAUUAUUCAGCAUUGAUUAACUCAUAUUAUUCAGCAUUGAUUAACGUUGUUGUUCAAUUAUGUCCCUUGCUCACUCUCACUCACUCUCUGUCUGUCUCUCUGUCUGUCAGUGUAGUUACUGUACAUACCAGAAUGGUGUUAAGAGUAAGUGGCAGGAGGAGCGUGGUGUGGGGCUGGCUACUCCUGGUGUCCUGCUUUCUGCUGUCUGUUUGUUCACAUGAGCAGGCAGCCCAAGAACACCCACCGGAGAGUCACCGUCCUAACAUGCACCUGGACAAGAACAUGGUCCAUGACAGAGAGUGAGUAAAGGGUCGUGUUCAUAAGGAUACACCGCUCCAAAAUGCUUUGCAACAGAACAAAAGCAAACGUUUGUUAUUAGACAAGUACAGAUAGUACUUUACUUUUUCUCUCGGUUUCUGAGCAUUUUCUACCAUUCUGUGUCUAAUGAACAGGCCACAUGAAUAUGAAUGGGUAAAACAAUACACUUUUGUUUUCUAUACUAUUUUGUUUGCAAUACUACCAAAUUCUGUUUGCUUAAACUUGACGUCUGUCUGUCUGUCUGUCUGUCUGUCUGUCUGUCUGUCUGUCUGUCUGUCUGUCUGUCUGGUCUGGCUGGCUGGCUGGCUGGCUGGCUAGCUAGCUAGCUAGCUCUAUUCCAAGCUUUACCUACCAUUUGGCAGACAUUGUAUGCAUGGUUAAUGCACUGAGCAGUGUCUCUCCUAUGUCCUCUGUCUAAGACACAUCAUGGAGCAUCUGGAAGGUGUGAUUGACAAGCCGGAGUCGGAUAUGUCGCCGCAGGAGCUACAGUUACACUACUUUAAGAUGCAUGACUAUGAUGGCAACAACUUACUGGAUGGGCUGGAGUUGGCCACAGCCAUCACUCAUGUGCACAAAGAGGUAUGUGUGAAAGGAAAAACAUAUAAUAUAAAAAAUGAUAUUAUCAGCCAAUGAUGCCACAUACUGUAUGCACUUUAUUCAUCUAUACACGUGCAUGUGUUUCCACAUUUUCUGCAGGAAAGAGGAGAGGAUAGUCAGCCUAUGAAAGAGAAGGACCUCAUAAGCCUUAUAGAUGAUGUUCUGAGGGACAAUGACAAAAACAACGACGGGUACAUAGACUACGCCGAGUUUGCCAAGUCCCUGGAGUAGAGGAGAGAUGCUGCCUAACUAUUGGGGUCUGGCUCAGGGCACUGCACACAACCACACCACUUUCUCAACCACACCACUUUAAUUUACCUGAGCCAGACCCCAGGUAAAUGUCUCACGCUCUCUGUGGGGUUAUCGCUAUCCUUCAUCCAUCCAUACAGCAUAUAUACCAGAGGUGGGAAAACUAUUUGGCUUGAGGGCCACAUUGGGAUUUUUGAAAUUCAACGGAGGGCCACACAGAUUUGAUUUGACCGAUUUGCUUGUCAAAAUUUGUGGGCAAGAUAAAGGGUAGUAAUUUGAAAAUAUAUAGGUCCAUUAUCAUUUCCACAUACUUUC